GUAAAUAAGGGAGAUUAUAGCGCCGUCUGCUGGUCACGUGUCGCCACUGCCGCUGUGUGCAGUAUAAUAUCUGACAGCGUGCGACGCGAGCAGCUCUCAGUCCCAGCUCUCAGACAGCAGCGCGAGGAGCUCACGCGCCACCGGGCUCUUGUUUUGCAUAAGUUUCAGUCUGUGCUGCUUUGAUUAGCUGUUUUUCCUCUUUAAAUAGCGGACGCUCCAGGACCCGUCACGUGCACCAUUGUUCCUCAAUACAGAUCUGGCAGCUACCGUUGUUUUAACUCAAUUCAAGUGGCAUUUCUCUGGAAAAUCUAGGAAAACCCAAGGAAUAUCCGCAUCAUUUGCCAGUUUAAAUGGAUAAAAUGUCUUUUUUCAUAUUCCGUACGGCUACAGGGAUCUUAAUGCAGAUGUUGUGGGAAGUUUAAUGCAGAUAUUGUGUGAUGGCAGGAAAUCAUCAUCAUCAGCUGUAAGUGCUCAAACCUGAAUAAGUAACCAUGGCUUACACGGGAGCUCAGAAGGCUUUGAAGAGUGAUAAGUUAGAUGAAGCUCAAGCUCUGGCCAAAAGCUGUGCAGGCAGACCGGACUUUCUCCCCUGUGAUGGACUGUCCAUCUGCGCGACACACAGCCACGGAAAGUGUUUCAAACUGCACUGGUGCUGCCAUUUGGGCUGGUGUCACUGUAAAUAUGUCUACCAGCCCAUGACCAAUGUGGCUCAGCUACCCAGCACAGCUGUUCCAGCUUCUCCAUCUGACUGCACCGACACCAUCGAUCUGUCCAUCUCUCUGACUGAACGCUUCCUCCGUAUCUCCCCCUGUUUCCUGCCUCCACCUUGCCCCGAAUCUCCCAAAUACUGCAACAUUGCUGAACUGUUUAUCGAUGACUACAUUGUCAAACGCAUCAACGGCAAGAUGUGCUACGUUCAGCGGCCCCCGGUUCACACGGAGGCCCCUCCCACUCCACCUCAAAUAAAUCCCGCCUCUCUGACUCCACAGAAACUGCAGCAGACUGUUGAAGAGACCGUUAAAGGACCAAAAAUGGGCCACUGCUCUUCGCCCUCCAACUCCGAGGACUCAGGGAUCAACGCACUGGGAGGACACUAUCUGGAGUCCUGUGAGGAAGAGUCUGAGGAAGAGGAUGAACUUAGCACUGAUGGACACUCAAGUCCGGGAAGUCUAUGGGAUCAGGAUGAAUGCACCCUACUGUCCCCUUCCAAAUCCAUUGUGGAGAUUAUUGAAAAUAUUGAAACUACUGUGUGAUAUUUGCUCUUAUUGUUCUUUUUACACUUCUCUCUCUCUCUUUGUCGGACAAGAUAAACUCAUUGUGUUAAAAGAAAUAUUGUAUGUAGAGGAAAAUGCUACACCCAUAAAUACAGUACUAUACUUUAUAUGUGUCUUUAAUCUCUGUGCUCAUUGUUACGCCUCACAUGGUCCAUAAUUUGGUGUUAAUCACAGUUCUUGUCUGUCAUUAUAAAUGCAAUAUGAAAGACCUUUUAUAUAUAAAAGUGAA